UUUUUCAUUUAUUUCAAGUCAGUAUUCCUUUAAUUUCUUAGUACGAAAUAUGUAAAAGUAUUUUUUCUAAACUCGUGCCUCUUUCUCCGAGUAACAGCUUUGUUUGCUCUAAACAAAUUGUGUAUUAUUAAAGCCAUUCGCGAACUCUCUAAUGACCUACUUAACUGCAUUAUCUUAAACGUCUUCACCUACUGUAAUUGCGCCACUGUUUCAAUUUCUCAGUGGCCACCCACGCUAAAUACGUGUCAAAUUGCUAAUAGCAUUAUCAACUUUCAUUGCAUCAUCGUCAUCAUCACUUGUAAUUAUAGUGUUUGUCCAGGCGACCACCACUUGCUAUAACAAUAAAGCUAUCUGCUACGCUCAUUAACUUAUAACUACUACAAUAUUUAUUCUCGACCUGCUGUUUGUUUGGUCUUGCAUCUCCUCGUUAGAUGGAAUAUAAACAUCUUAUAUGGAAGCAUCGUUUAAUCUGUCGGUACCGUCAAGUAGGUAACAGCGGCGUAGGCGAUGGCGGUACACAUUGCAACGUGCCGAUUCAUAUCCAAGGUCUUUCCUAGUGGAAGAGAACGGAGUUUCCUGCGGCCGCCUAUCUCUCGCGCACACCGACAUUCGCACGUGAACGCACACGCGCCCACGUGUCGCUAUUCUUUGUGUUCAAUCUUUCCUAGCUACCGUUGCGAGGCAUCUUCUUUUUGUGCCGUCCGGUGGCGUUUGAAGUUUGAGCCUCUGAGCGCUUCAUUAUAUAGGCGACGGGCGAUGCGCGCGCUUCGCAGUUAGUUCGCAGUGUGUCACUAGAGCCCGCGAGAGGUGGCCUGCAAGGACUGUACCGCGCCAACCUUUUUUUCUGUGCGUGCGAUGUUUUCACUUUCGUCAUUUUGACCGGGCCAGUUUGAUUUGACGUCGCUCGCGCACGGACGUGCCUAGGUUCCGGCGUUGUGUUAUCCUGUGAUCGCUGGUGCUCCGGAUUGUUUUUGUUUAUAAAAAUAUUUUUGUGAAAAAUAUGGCUGUGAUUAAGUGCUAAUAUGUUCGAUAGUAACAUUCUUUUUAAUUUCUACAAUGAGAUUGCAAAUAGAAGUGCACUACAGUUGGCAAGUGCUGGAAUGAUGGGCGAGGGCCUGCUGACCUUAACGUACGGCAAGCACCACGCCUGCAUCCUGAACGAGGUGGGAGCAGCGUGGCGCGGCGCCCGCUACUCGGACCUAGUUCUGGUCUGCGACGACGCUGUGCCGCUGGCCGCGCACAGGAUCGUCAUGGCAGCUGCUAGCCCGCUCAUCAGGAAAAUACUGGAUGAUACGCCAUCAGUCGAGAAUCCGGUCACGAUUCACAUGUCGGGCAUCAGCAGCACUCUCAUGAGGCAUCUCCUUGUGUUCUUGUACAGUGGCCAAGCCUACAUUGAGUCUGGUGAAAUAGAUGAUAUGCAAGAAUUGUUCGAAUUAUUGGAAAUUAAGUCAGACGUAUGGAAAUCAACAAAGGAGCGCCAGCAAGCUGAAGAAAGAAACAGAUCGUGCGACCGACUCAAGAAGCCCCUGAAGACCGACAUCAACAGCAAUGAGAGCAGUAAACACGAUGCACCCUCAGGAUCUUCACAUUCAGAGAGCGAACUGGUCACUCCUGGCGCGGGAUACAGCAAAGACAAAGGCGACGAAAAUAUGAGUAUAAAGAAAGAAAAUAUGUCAACCAGUAGCAAUGAUGAAAGGGAUGAUGAAGAACAAGACGGAGAAAAUAGAGAUAAGGAAUGCGGACGGCUGAUGGCACGACGAAGAAGUUCAUCAAACCCGGUCAACUUGUCAUUGGCGAGAAAUUCAGAGAACACAGGCAGUGAACACGAUGACUCACAGGACGUGGAUGUAGAAACAGUUGCGGCUAAGAAUAUUGCGAGAAGAAGAUCAACAUCAUCAAGUCAGGACGAUCAACCCCAGGAAACAGUAUACCGGAGACAAUUGCUUAGUGAUCGGUUAGGUCGAGGAAUUGAAAGAGCUAAAAGGAAAUCGCAUUACUUAGAACCACCGGAAUUAGACCUACGGACUGUCAAGUUAGAAGACUACGCACAUCUCAAACCCCCUGAUCAAGAUUUGAUAUCACUGGUUCAGACAUCACCUGAAAACUAUGUGGUGACUCCCCAUCGAAAACGAAGACCUGGCUUUCACAACUCACCUUCGCAGAAUCCUCCGUUUGUCUCAUUCCCUCCCAGCUACUUAGAAGAAAUGGCUCACCUCCGGUAUACACAAGGACCUGGCAGCGCUGUUGCUGUUGCCGCCAGCGCUCGACUUGGAGUACUGCACCCGCUCAGUACUUCGGCGCCACCGUACUUACCCGAAAGGAGUGCUACUCCACCCACUGCCACGCACGAAGAUGCUCUCAAAUACCGACCUCCCAGUGCCGGGUCGUGGGGCCCUUGGCUCUGUCAACCGCAAAUGGGCGGAGACGAAUCAUCCGCGACCGAACACGAUCAAAGUUCCAGUAAACAGGCACCGGUUCGAGAAUAUCGUUGCGAAUAUUGUGGAAAGCAAUUCGGUAUGUCGUGGAAUCUCAAGACUCACUUACGGGUGCACACCGGAGAGAAACCAUUCGCUUGUCGACUCUGCGUAGCUAUGUUCAAACAAAAGGCUCACUUGCUGAAACAUUUAUGCUCGGUGCAUCGCAAUGUGAUAUCGUCUAGCGAGAACGACGGGCGGACCAACACGCCCGGCAGGUUUAAUUGCUGUUUCUGCCAGCUGACUUUCGAGGCGUUACCAGAACUCAUCAGACAUUUGUCAGGGCCACACAACAGUUUGCUACUCAGCAAAAACUUACACGAAUGACGCUCGCUCACGUGACGCAGGCGCACACGUGUUUUUGGACUUUAAAAACUUCUUCUCUCAUUGUGAGAGUUCAAUUGUGAUAUGUGUUUAAGAAGGAUUUAUUGUUAAGUGUUUAGAUUUAGGACAUGUGAUAUCGCAGAGCGAUACUCAUGGCGAGGCAUUCGCAGAAGGUUGCUGCGGGUGAUGAUGAUGACUAAUUUAAAAAAAUCACAUGUUUGCCGAAUGGGUCCAAAUUGUUAUAAUUUGUUUAAAAAUUAUAAUCCGGGACCAACACCUUCCAAGAUAGUAUUUAUUUGAAAGAUGUAUUUCAUUAGGGUAAAUAUUAUUAAAAGCCACCGACACAUUAAUUCCUUAAGCAUAGAAAAUAGACAUAUUUGUCAAAGAAAAGUUGCGAAGUAUGUAAGACCUUAAUAAAUAACGUCACAUAAACUACCUCCUAAUUUAAAUCAGUAUCUUGAUGAAUCUUCUGUGGCGUUAACAAGGGUUCGUAUUGACUUUAUACUUGUAACAAGUAUACAGUCAAUAGAUCUAGUCAGAAUUGGAACUAAGAAUUAGGACAGUUGUAAGUUAAGCACAUUUUAUCAUUGAUAUCAAUUUUGCCGUCGUCCAUAUUUUGGUGCUUCCUGUAAAAUAUUUGCUGUCACUGUUACAUCUCUUCGAAUUGUACCAUUAAAAUUUAGUUAGCUUUAGUCUCAGUGUUUUUAAUUCCCAUUACGUUCCAAACAAUCUGACUUGACAUUUCGCAGCUUUUUACGACAUUUUCAAUCUCAAUAUUAGGUUUUAUCAUUUUAUGUUGUUGUGAAAAAAAAAAUGUGUUCGUAAUAAUAUAUUUUAUAGUUUGCACAUCCUUCCAUUCGUUCGUGCCGAAUUUUGCAAUGUGGAUAAGCACCAAAGAUUUGUAAAGCAAUGAAAAUGUUUUGGUGUACAAUUAAGAGAAAUUAAAGGGACCUGAAAUGAUUUUGAUUUUGUUUAACUUAAAGUAUGUAGGAACCAAUUAAAUAAUCUCAUCUGUAGUUACUAACGUUCAACUUUCUGUAACCACUUUCGUAAUUCCGUUGCGAACUUUAUUGUAAAGCUUAAAUGUCUUCUUAUUUUUGGAUUAAUUUACUUUAGUGUUAAUACGAAGCUUACCAGGCAUUAUUUUCAAAUGAAUAUUUUUAUCUACUAGUACUUUAACUUUAUUUAAAAAUCUUCGAAACUUAUUUUCGAUGUCGCUUUUUAUCGAACACGUUACUGUGGCCAGUUAUAUUAAAGCUAUUAUUGUAGUGAAGGCUGGAUGUUCAAUCUUAAUUAAGGCUUCUAUUAUACAAAGUAUACAAAAUUAGUGAUCGAUUGUUUCGAAAGUAUGAUGCCAAAAGUUAUUUUUUUGUUAUUGAUCAAUACAGUACAUUGUAUUGUGCUCCUCGAUUCAUUUGCUGAAGCUAUUUUAUCGGGUUGUUAUUUUCAUCGUACUAUUGUGAUACGAUUUCGUCUUUGUUCAAAUAUUGCAUUGAUAUAUAAACCUGAAUAUGGUAGUCAGUAUUCGGUAACAUGGAUUCUUUAUACUUUCAUUGUUCAUCAGUGCUUGUACCGUUAAUUUUAGGUAUGGAAGUCCAUGUUUUAUUGUGGAUGGUUGAUACUUGUCUGUCAACAUUGUUACCAUGGUAACCAGUCAUGAUGACAAACUCAACACAAAGCCUCGGGCUCUUUAGAAAUAUACUAGUUCAAAGUAUAAUUCUGGGUCAGAAUAUUGUUUUAAUGCAACUAGAGGAACAAAGUCGAAACCCGAUAAAGUUAGCUUAAGUAAGUCAGAUCGAAACUGAACUUAUUAAAAAAAAAUAUCUUCCGUAAUACUCAUUUUGUACAAUCCGUUUAUACGUACUUUUAUUUGGGAUUCCAUUAUUUUUUUUAUAUUUUCAUUCAUGCGGAUACUUGUCAAUGCAAUUAUUGUUGUUAAUUGUUUACUUGAAUAAAACUAAAGUUACCAACGAGUUGUUCAAAACAUAGAGUAAACUAAGAAAUUGUCGAGUUGCUUUAAUGUCUUUUCCGAACGUUACCUAUUAUACCUGAUUUUUGUCGUUUUUUCGUGUGUUAUAUUCGUCGUCGAUAUUGACGUAAUUAAUAAUUGGGGAACAAUUUAAUUAUAAGGAUUGUGAUUUCAAGGAAUCGUUUAGGUUUAUUCUAUGUGAUAAUUGUCUGUUUUGUCUUAAGUAGGCACGUUGAGAACGCUGUCUUCCAUUGCGUUUUCCAUUUUUUAAUCUUCGGUUUUGAUACACGUGAACGCGUUCGUAAUAAACGUAGCUUAAUCACUACACCAAACGGACUCUGUUGUUUUGCAGUAUUGUACUUAAGUACAAUCUACAAUUAUUGCUACACAGGUUCCAGCGUGUUGCGUGUACCAAUGCUGUUUCGUGUAAAUAGAAAAUUAGAAUUAAGUCAACGAUGCAUGACAAAAUAAAUCGUCCACAAACACCGCUGCCUACCCUAUACGUAACUUGAACAAAUUGUAUUUUUAUAAAUAUUUUCUUCGGAACCAACUUGUAGAAUAGGAUCGAUGUGAUAUUAUCUCGGCGAAUGUCGGAAUUGCCUUAAAAUUAAAUAUCAAUGCAAGUAGGUUUUACUUAUACGUAAACUGUGUUUCUUAGAUAUUAAGGCUAACUAAUAUUAUUACAACGCGUGAAAGUCCUAAGGACGAGUAGACGCUACUUACAGAUUUUGCUCUCCGGAGAAUGGUCUCUGGUUAUUGUCAAACGAUGAAUGAUAUUAAAUAUUACGAAAUUCGUCAAAUUGCAACUUAAAUAACGCGAACAAAUGUGUAAAGUUUUUACAACGGUACAUAUCUAGGAAACACCAAAAAACCGAUUCGAAAUAUUAAUUUGUAUGAAAACAUGACGUUGUUAAGAAUAAAAAAAAUGUGUAAAUAGUAACUAGUUGUAAGUUUAAUGGUUAAUAAAGCUUAACUUAAUCUUGUUGAACUUGAAUAUUGAUUUUUCUCUGUUAAUUGUAAAUUAAAAGGUAUUUGAUAAGUUUUCACAUACUUGUACAAUUUUAUGUAGAUAUUGUUUAGAAAAUAACAUUCUGUAAAAAUGUGUUCUUACCGUACGUUAGUAAAUUAAAUAACGAGAAUAUUUUAGUUACACACUC